AUGGAAGAAGAAAUAACUCAGAAAAAUGUUGUAUGUUCAUUCGAUUUUGAUGCUAUAUUUCCGAAUUGCAAAAAUAAUUAUAAUGCAAAUUGGAGGAGCAUGAAGCGCGGAGAAUUUUACAAUCUAAGUUCGAAAAUGUGCACGAAUUUUAGUUAUUUUAUACAUCCUAAGUAUGUUGGUGGCCAGGAAUUUCAGGAAAAUUGUAUACCAAUAGGUUUAUAUUUAUAUUAUAUAGAAGAGGAAUAUAGGAAUAAAAGUUCUGGAUUUAAUAUCGAUCCUUUAUGUAGUUAUUUCUAUUACAAUCUAAAGGAUAUAGUGAUAAGAUAUAACAGUAAUUGUAUUGAAAAUGGAAAUUGUUACGAUACAUUGAGAAAAAAGAGUACAGGCUCAAAUCCAAUACAUAUCCCGGAUAUAUGUAAGCAUAUUGUUGAUAAUAUGAUGAUUAUUCAACAAUAUUUAUACGAUGUAUUUUAUGGUUUGCAUUCGAACGAUAAUAAUUCUUCAUCAUUAGUAUACUCCCUAUGGUUCGUUUCUACUAAGAAAUUUAAAGGUAUUAAGGCGUAUGUUAAAAAAAAAAAGUAA